GUCGACUAAUCCACCAGCGCGGGACCUAUUAAGCCCAUCAAGAUAAAGACCUCGGACCUAAGAAUCCCCACGUCCGAAAAAAGCCCCAGUCCGCUUGCUCAUUCUACUGCAGCAAUGGCCUCGACCCGGAAUAUCCUCAAGGAGACCGUGACGGAGCUGGAUGAAGCACCCUGGCCCGCGCCGGGGGUUGUGCUGCAGGUACGGGUGGGCCGGGUCAAAGAACGCGCCCUCUCGGGGGAGAUCACGUCCGCCAUUUACAAGCAGGAACAGGACGGGCCCGUCUUCUGCACCAAGACUGGCUUCACCGGCGACGAGCACGUGUACAGGGAGCACGGCGGGCUCGAGCGCGCCGUCCACCAGUACGACCCGGAGCACUACCCCAGCUGGCGCGCCGAGAGGUGCCCGGAGCCGGAGCUGUACGCGCCAGGGGCGUACGGCGAGAACCUGAUCACGACAGUCCUGAGCGAGCACAAUGUCUGCAUCGGCGACGUGUUCCAGGUCGGCGCCGACGUCCAACUCGAGGUCAGCGAGCCGCGGCACCCGUGCCACAGGAUCAACGCGCGCUUCAAGUGGGAGCGCGCCCUAGGCCGCACCAUCAAGACGGCGCGUGUGGGGUGGAACUACCGCGUGAAGCAGACGGGCUACGUCUGCAAGGGCGACGCCAUCUCUCUGGUCAGCCGCCCACACCCGCGCUGGUCCGUCCCGAACGUGCAGCGCGUCAUCAAGGCCCGCAACGCGCCCUUUGACCUCCUGGCCGAGUGCACGGGGCUGCCCCUAACGGACGCGUUCGUGGGGCUCGCCACGAACCGGCUGCGCGAGGGCCCCAAGAAGUACAGGCUGGUCGACGCCCGGCUCGUCACGCCGCGCGUCAGGCAGCUCACGUUCGAGCUGCAGGGCGGGGGCGAGUUCGCCAAUAUGCAGUUCGACCCUUAUGCCUUUGCGCAGAUCAGCUUCGGCCCGGAGUCGGCCCCCAUCUCGCGGUCCUACUCCGUCGUCGACGGCGACCUGUCGCGCUUCACCCUCGGCGUCGCCCUCGACCGCCAAUCGCGGGGCGGGUCGGCGUACAUCCACCGCUCGCUCAAGGUGGGCGACGAGAGCGGGAUGGCGCCGGGCGGGAACCCGCGCGCGGUCGAGAACGACUCCCGGUGCGACGAGUCCGCGCCCCGCGUCCUCGUCGUCGGCGGCAUCGGCAUCACGGCGUUCCUGCCCUCCAUCAGGCUCUGGGAGGACAAGGGCCUGCCGUACCACGUCCACUACGCCGUCAGGAGCCCGGAGGAGGCCGCGUUCCUGGACCGGCUGCCCGCGGGCAAGACGACCUUGUACGCCUCGUCCCGGGGCGAGCGCCUCGAGCUGGCCAAGGUCAUCCCGAAGCUCGACGGCAGCGGCCCCGACGCUCCUCCGGCCGCCCGCAUCUUCUCGUGCGGGCCGGCGGGCCUGAUGGCCGAGUGCGCGCGCGUUACUUCGGCGCUCGGCUACCCGGAGCACAUGGUGCACUUUGAGGACUUUGGCGGCGGCGGCGGCGCGGGGGGCGGCCUCGGCGAGUCGUUUGAGGUGGAGGUCGAGGACCCGGACUUGAACCGGCGCGCGGACCUGGCCGUGCCGUCCAACAGGACCCUGCUCGAGGUGCUCAACGAGGCGGGCUUCGAGAUCGCCUUCUCGUGCAAGGCCGGCGGCUGCGGCGCGUGCAAGGUCAGGGUGUGCCAGGGUGAGGUCGAGUACAAGAGCAACGCGCUCCUGGACAAGGACAAGGGGCACGCGCUGCAGGCCUGCGUGGACCGUGGGCGUGGGAAGCUCAAGCUUGAGCUGAUUUGAUCUCGUAAUACGUCCUGGGACCGCUACUUUGCCUCUUCCUUCCACACCUUUCGGCCAUCGUCGAGCAUAUUCUUUUUUGUUGUUUUUGGAUCUUAGGAGUCGCGCCAACACGGAACAAUAGAUAUCAGUAGCAACCAACAAAUGCACAUACACUAAAUGCCAAAUCCAG